AAAAAUGUCCUCGUUAACAAGGAAACCCGCCUUUAUAAGUAUGUUUUCUAUGAAUUGUCAAUCAAUUUCAUAAGAUAGGUUUUUUACAUAACACCUAUUUACUACAUAUUGCCGUGUACUGUGUAGUGUGGUAUAAAAUCUAAAGUAACAGCGUUGACAGCUUCAUAGAAAUCCUUUUAUUUUGAAGUGGCACAGAAUUUACAGAAAACAUACCUAUAGUCUAGUAGUAUUUUAACCAGAACUAUCCAUCAAACAUGCCAGCCUUAGCCUCACAAAAAGAAGUUAUAGAAAAGGGUACAUCAAAUGAGAAGAAUGGGGUUAGAGCUGUACUUUUGGGGCCACCUGGAUCAGGAAAAGGCACUAUGGCAGCUUGGUUAAAAGACAAAUUUUGUGUAUGCCAUCUUUCCACUGGGGAUAUGUUACGUGCCGAAAUUUCUUCUGGAUCUAAGUUGGGCACCUCAUUGAAAAAAACUAUGGAUGAGGGCAAACUCGUAAGCGAUGACUUAGUUGUCAAUAUGAUUGAUAAGAAUUUGGAUAAACCUGAAUGCAAAAAUGGCUUUUUGCUCGAUGGAUUUCCCAGAACAGUUGUGCAGGCCGAAAAGUUGGAUGACUUGUUGGAAAAGCGCAAUUCUUUAUUGGAUGCCGUGGUUGAAUUUUCUAUAGAUGAUAAUCUUCUCUUCCGUCGCAUAACUGGCCGGCUUAUUCAUCCAUCCAGCGGUAGGUCGUAUCACGAAGAGUUUGCUCCUCCGAAAAAGGCAAUGACUGACGAUAUAACAGGUGAACCACUUAUUAAACGCUCUGAUGACAAUGUUGAAGCUUUGAGGAAAAGAUUGGUUACAUAUCACAACCAAACUAAACCUUUAGUUGAUUACUAUCAAAUUAGAGGAAUUCAUUACAAAGUGGAUGCAUCUCAAGCAGCCAAAGACGUUUUUAAAGAUAUAGAUGACAUUUUCACCAGAAAAGAAAAAUCUAGGAUUUCUUCUAGAUUAUAAUCACAAAAACGCACUUUUAUUCCUCAUCCUAUUAUUCCUCAUUAAGGCAUUUGUUUUGCUGUUAUUUUCUAUAGCUUUGGCUUAGUCAAGUUCAGUUUUUGGGUUUAUCGCUGCGGGGGUUAACUUCUAUUAAAUUACCUGUAUAAAAUUAUUUUUGGCAACUUGUAUUUUUCUAUGAUUAUUGUUAAAUAAAAAGCCGAAAUAAAAUA